AUGCAAAGAAACCAGCGUGAAAGCCAUCCCUUCAAGGAGAGGAAAAGUUUUGCAACUCGGAUACGUGAGACAACAGAAAUUCGGGAAAAGUAUCCCAACAAGAUUCCGGUGGUGGUGGAACGUUACAGGAAGGAGAAGACUCUUCCCCAGUUGGAUCGGAUCAAGUUUUUGGUUUCUCCAGAUAUAUCCAUGUCUCAGUUUGUUUUCACUCUGAGAACCCGGCUGUCCCUCACAGCUACACAAGCCUUCUACUUGCUUGUGAACAAUCAAACCCUGCCCUGUCCUAGUCUGACUAUUUUGGAGAUCUACAAUGACAACAAGGAUGAAGAUGGCUUCCUCUACAUGACCUAUGCUUCUCAAGAGAUGUUUGGCGCAGGUGCCUCUUCCAAGCACCAAUGA